CAUUGAAGGUGGGUUGAAAUGAAAGGAAAAUAUUAUAGAUCUAUUCUAUUCUUCUUCUUCCUCUUCGUGAAAUGCAAUGGGUUUAGGUUCAGUUUUGAUUUACACGAUCUUAGCACUCCUCGUUCUUCUAUUCCUCUCCUCCUACUCCCCCUUCUCCACCACCACCAACCACCACUCUUCCCACCGUCACCGCCGUCUCAAACUCCGCUCCAACUUCACUCUCUCCCCUUCCCACUCCCACCACCAACCCGUCCCCUUCGACCCCCUCGUCGCCGAACUCGAACGCAACCGCGAAGACAAACAAUGGGAGCAACAGCACAUUCAUCAUUCCCACCCUGAACUCCACCACCACGAAGACGACUCGGCCCCCGCUCACGAGUCGCAGCCGGAGUGGGAGGACUUCAUGAACGCCGAAGACUUCAUCAAUGACGAAGAUAAGUUCAAUGUUACUUCUCGCCUUUUGAUUCUCUUCCCGAAAAUCGACGUUGAUCCGAUGGAUUCGCUCAUCGAUGUUCAUGAGUUGACUAUGUGGAAUCUUCAACAGGCUCAUAGAGAGGUUUUGCAUCGGUCUCAGAGAGAGAUGGAACUUCAUGAUAAGAAUCGUGACGGUUUCGUUUCGUUCUCUGAGUAUGAUCCUCCUAGCUGGGUUAAAUCCGCAGAUCAAGAAUCUUUUGGUUAUGAUAUGGGUUGGUGGAAAGAAGAGCAUUUUAAUGCGUCUGAUGCAGAUGGAGAUGGUGUUCUCAACUUAACUGAGUUCAAUGACUUUCUGCACCCGGCUGAUAGUAAUAAUACAAAGCUUCAACAAUGGUUGUGCAAGGAGGAAGUCAGAGAAAGAGACUCGGAUAAAGAUGGGAAGGUCAACUUCAAAGAAUUUUUUCACGGGCUCUUUGAUUUGGUAAGAAACUAUGAUGAAGAAGAAAGUCACCCUGAUUCCCAUCAUUCUGAAUCUGAUAACCCAAUGGAUGCUCCAGCUAGAAAACUGUUUGCGCAGCUUGACCAGGAUGGUGACGGGUAUUUGUCAGAUACUGAACUACUGCCUAUAAUUGGGAAACUCCAUCCAUCCGAGUAUUAUUAUGCAAAGCAACAGGCAGAAUAUAUCAUUUCACAGGCAGACAGUGACAAAGAUGGGCGCCUCACUUUGCUUGAGAUGAUUGAGAAUCCCUAUGUAUUUUAUAGUGCUAUUUUCAAUGAUGAUGAAGAUGAGUAUACUGAUUACCACGACGAGUUCCGAUAAAUUCAUGCUAGGAUGCAAAAAAGCCUGAAACAAUUUCAGUAACAAGGAGUUCAUAUUUGAAGCAGAAUUAUUAGGCUGCUAGCUCAAUCCUGGUGAUGGAAUUUUCUGUCCAUUCAUAUCAUCUGCGAGUUCUUAUUUGUUGAUAGGACCCACCAUGGCUUGUCAUGGAGUCACUCCCGGAUCAACUAGAGGAUUAUUGUAGGAUCUAAACUUCAUUGUAAAAUUAGAAAGAUAGAUACAGAUUUUCGAAUCAGUCGUUGAGCCAUCAUUAAUUAAGUCUUACUACAUUUCAAUUCUCAAUGGAUAAUACAUGUAACAUAUAACUAUAUUGACCAUCAUGAUUCUAGUUAGACUCUUAGAUUCAUUUUGUUUUCA